AUGCUCGCCCUCGCUCCCCCCUUCAUGCUUGUCAAGCUGCUGGUUCUUCUCCAUGCCAGCCUCGCCCUCGCAACUCACCGAGUCUGCACCUGGCAGGACCAAGGCCCCCUUUCGCCUUCGACCUACGGGUACAGGCUCCGCGCUACCGCUCCAGUCACGCGCAUCAAUGACACUCACGCCAAGUACGUCUGGCACCACAAAGUCUUCUUCUUCAUCACCGUGAAGAAGACGGUCGCCGACUACGGAUUUACGGCACCACAGGUGCUCGAGUUCGCAAAGCCAUGUCACCAUGGGUACGACAUAUGCAAAUAUCGACGCCACUAUGGCGUCUGCAACGGCACCACGGGGCCCGACAUGAAAGACGUUGCGUGCAAGUACAUGUAUCAUCGAGAUGACUGUGAAUGGCCGGUCAAGACCAUCAAAGCACCGGAGUCAGUUGAGAUCUGGCGCAAGCGGUAUUGA